AACUGUAGUAAGUUGUAACUGGACUUCCAAUGUAUGUACCUGUGUUAACCUAGAUUGGCUUAAACUGUCAACCUUAAACAACAAUCUUAACAAUCUUAACCUCCUCACCUUUUCCAUUUCCACAUUCCAUUUCUGAUCGUUUACCUUGAUAUUCUUUUAAUUCACCUGGUCACUCUUGGGCAUUUUAAACCCUCCCCCCCCUUUGACCAACUAUAAUCACCCUAAUCAUCCUCUUCAUCUUAACAAUAAUCAACAAAAACCGGUAUAUUGCAUCGGAUUGCGCCGACCAUCUUAACCAUCUAAACCAUCCAAGCCGAUCCGAAACCAAACUAAUUAUUACAUUACCUGCACUGUAACCUGACAGUCGCAUCGCCCUAACUAUCCAUCAAUUGAAUCGCCUAACUUCCACUCCGUCUCCGCCUCCCUUCCCUACUACUAUUUACUACGAGAAACCCCCCAUCCUAUUUUAACGUUUACGCGCUCCCACGACUCUUGCGACAAAAAUUCAAAAUGGUGUCGCUCUGUGGAUUAGGAGGUUCUAAGAAUGUUCAGCGCAAGCUGGUACUAUUGGGUGAUGGUGCUUGUGGAAAGACAUCUUUAUUGAACGUCUUCACGCGAGGAUACUUCCCGACAGUUUAUGAGCCGACGGUCUUCGAAAAUUACGUUCACGAUAUCUUCGUUGAUAACGUGCACAUCGAACUGUCAUUAUGGGAUACUGCCGGUCAAGAAGAAUUCGAUCGUUUACGAAGUUUAUCAUACGACAACACAGACGUAGUGGUGCUCUGUUUCAGCGUGGACAGCAAGGACUCUCUAGAAAACGUGGAAAGUAAAUGGGUUGGUGAAAUCCAAGAGAAUUGCCCCAACGUCAAGUUGGUCUUGGUGGCCUUGAAGUGCGAUCUACGGGAAAACACCGAUGAGGAUGAUGAAGCAGGCGCGAGUGGAACGGAUGGUGCCCAACGAGAAAAGAAGCCAAUGAUCGACUACAACCAAGGCCUCGAUGUCGCACGACGAAUUAAGGCCAUGCGAUACUUAGAAUGUUCAGCCAUGAGGAAUAGGGGCGUCAACGAGGCUUUUACGGAGGCUGCCCGAGUGGCCCUCAGCGUCAAGCCCAGCGGCGAGGGAGACUCCAAAUGCGUCGUUAUGUAAUCGCUGGAUGUACCCUUCUACGCCAAAUUCGAGACGAAUUUCCUUCUACCGGCCCGUGGACAAAGCGCAGGAGUUUGGGAUUAUGAUACAAUUCCCCCUUUACCAUUUUCAGGAGUGCACCCUCACACAUCAGUUAUUAUGUUGUGUUAAGCAUCUCCCCGCUAUACUGAAGCAGCACGAAUAAAAUCCCGUGCCUGCCAUGAAACUUUUUAGGAAGCCUACGUUCUACCAUCUCAGAAGAGAGAGAGGGAGAGAGAGAGAGCAACUCCUUUUAUUUGCUUGUACAUAGCUUAUUACUACCUACCUAACUAUUCACUUCUUUUGUUUUUUUUAAAAACGUUUUAUUAUCUUUUUUACUAUUCUUCCCGCCUUCUGCGCAACAACCCCAAAGCAAAGCAAAGCAAAGCAAA